CUAUAAAUGGUGUAUUUGUUUUGACAGAACGAACACGACUAGAACGCAUAGAAAGAUACUCUUUCUUUAAAAUAUUAUUGAUAUAAAUCGAAAUUUGGGAAGAUUAUAAUUUUUACAAGUGUCUUUUAAAGUUCUCCUUCAAAAUGGGGAAACGUCAGCAUCAAAAGGAUAAAAUGUAUUUAACCUAUACAGAGUGGACGACUCUCUAUGGUGGAAAAAAAUCGGGACCAGAGGAAGUCGGAGAAGAUUCAACAUUUCGUCGAUUGCCCUUCGAUCACUGCUGUUUAAGUUUACAACCUUUUGAACAUCCAUAUUGCGAUGGAAACGGGAAUAUUUUCGAAUUAGCGGCCCUCGUUCCCUACGUAAAACAGCACAAGCACAAUCCCGUAACUGGGAAAUCCAUUGACGUAAAAUCACUGACAAAAUUAAAUUUUUUCAAAAACGCAGAGGGCCAGUAUCAUUGUCCAGUUUUGUUUAAAAUUUUUUCUAAACAUUCUCACAUCGUCGCUGUUAAAACUACCGGCAAUGUCUUCUCUUAUGAGGCAGUGGAACAAUUAAAUAUAAAGACACGAAAUUGGAAAGAUUUGAUCAACGAUGAACCUUUCACGAGGAAGGAACUCAUCACAAUUCAAAAUCCCAGUGAUGUGAAGAAGUUUAAUUUAUCUAGUUUUCAUCACAUCAAGCAUAAUUUGAGAGUCGAGGAUGAAGAAACUAUUAGAGAACGAAAUGAUCCGAGUGCAAAGCUUAAGAAUAUUUCGAAUGAGGCGAAAGCGAGUUUGGCUGAAUUGGAAAGAACUUAUGUAGCAAGGGAAAGUACGAGUGAGAUUGCGAUAGCGAAACCUGACAAAUUUAAUGCCGCACAUUAUUCGACUGGAGCUGUGGCUGCUGGCUUUACGUCGACAGUUAUGCCGAGAGAAACUGUUCAUCAAGCCGCGAUUAUCGAAGAGGAUCAAGUGCGAUAUGAACGUGUUAAAAAGAAAGGUUACGUGAGACUGAUAACAAAUUUCGGAUCCUUGAAUUUGGAACUACAUUGCGACCUUGUCCCAAAAACUUGUGAAAAUUUCAUAAAACAUUGCCAAAAUGGAUACUACAAUGGAACCAAAUUUCACCGCUCGAUACGAAAUUACAUGGUUCAAGGAGGAGAUCCUACAAAUACGGGAAAGGGAGGCGAAUCUAUUUGGGGAAAGCCUUUUGAAAAUGAAUUUAGACCGAAUCUUGUCCAUCAAGGACGAGGAAUUCUCUCAAUGGCGAAUGCUGGGACUGACACGAACGGAUCACAAUUUUUCAUAACUUAUCGCUCCUGUCGAGACUUGGAUCAAAAGCACACAGUUUUUGGAAAAAUAGUCGGAGGCUUAGAUACUUUGAGCGCCAUCGAGAAAAUAGAAGUUGACAAUAAAGAUCGACCCAUCGAGGAUAUAGAGAUUCAAGCCACCCAAGUAUUUGUUGAUCCUUACGAAGAAGCUGACGAACAAUUAGCAAAAGAACGACAGGCCGAAAUCGAAAGAUUGGCCCAGGAAGCGAAGAAAACUAAUAUUAAAAGCGACGGAACCCUGAAAAUCUACAAGCCGGGCAUUGGAAAAUAUGUUAAUACCAACGAUAAGAAAUUAGAAGACGAACCAAGUGGCCCGGCACCGAAAAAAAAGAAAAUUGUACAAUCCAUGGGCGAAUUCUCUUCCUGUGAAUCUCGGUGGCACUGCGAAUUGUGCCAAAAGACGACAUGUGGAUGAACACAACAUUUUUUCGUCAGCUGAGUACUUCGUUAGUCAAUGCAGCCACUGCACUGCGCAUACCAAUAUUCUGAUUGGU